AUGCCGGCUAUAUUGAGGCCUCCAAGGAAUACGAUAUGCUUGACAUGCUACGAGGGAGCCCGUAGCGUUAUCUCCUUCAUAAACAAGCUUGAAAGUGCUCAAGGGUCAGCUGAGAAGAAAGCAAAUUUGUGUAAGGCAAGCCUCUGGAAGCACUUUUACAUUAAGCCAUCAUACAAAACUUAA